AUGGACGACAGCGGGCCGUCAAAGCGUAUGCGCAAGGCCAACCUAGCUACCCAGGCUAUGAACGCAUUCCGAGGAGGCAGAGACGAAGGCGUUAGUCGAACUGGUGGAACAACGAACGCAAAUCCUCCAAGGUUCUGGCGCACGAACCCGUCUUCCUCUCCAGACCCUGGAUCUGAGGGCAGGCCCAGACGCAUUUGCGGAUGCGUCUACUGUGAGUUCUGCGACAGCAGACAAGGUGAUGCAUCAGGGCAGCGUGUGUGCCACAUUCAUGAAGAUGGCGUGAUGCGACGUACCCAGUACGGUAUCAAUGGUCACCACUGCUCGGAAGGCGUUGCAAUUCAAAAUAGCUCUAUAGUCCAGCCUCAAAGCCCAUAUUCGCAAGGCACAUACAACCCGAACCUGCAAUACUCGCCACCACAUCAACACCACUACCCUCAGCAGCCGCCAUCACCGCCACCCGCUCAGUAUGGUCAAUCAUCCUAUGGAGCAGAUGGAUACGACCCAAGGUCGCGUACAGCCUCCUCGUUGACAUAUCCACCACCUCAGCUGCUGUACUACGGGCAGUCACCGUAUCAGCAACCACAGCCUCAGCCAGAUCAGGGCGGAUAUAGCUCAGGUUACGAGCAACAGCAGCAGCAGGGCUACCAAGGCUAUCAGAACCAGCCUCCAGGCUACGGACAGGGCUACAGCCCUCCGCCCGCUCUAAUGCCACGAGCGGCGACCUGGCCCAACGAGAUCGUGUACUGUCGGUAUUGCGGAGAAGCACUUUCGAGGUGA